CACCCGCCCCGCCAUGCGGGCUCCCGCCCGACCUUCCUCCCGUCAGCCUCAGCGCGGCGCCUCCCGGCUGUCCCCGCACAGCGGCAAGAUGGCGCAGCCGCCGGUUCUCCUCAAGGACAUGAAGCUGCUGGACGUGAAGCUGGGCCAGCUGCCCAGCUGGCUGGCCAUGAGAGACUUCACCCCCGGCGGCAUCCUGGGGGCCAUACGAAGAGGUUACAACAGAUACUACACUAAAUACAUCGAUGUGAGGAAAGGGGGCCUGGGUGGCAUCUCCAUGGUGCUCGCUGGUUAUGUUGUUAUCAGCUACAUCUGGAGCUACAGCCACCUGAAGCACGAGCGCCGCAGGAAGUACCACUGAAGUGUGACCUUCAGGAAGCAAAGGUACAACUCUGGAACAGACCUGGCUACUGAACAGUUACCCUGACAUCAGAAGAAGACAUCAGAACUAUUAAUACUAGAAUCUGUACUAUUAUGACCAAUAAUAAAGUGCAGACACUUUACGUUUACUGAGUUGA